AUGGCUGCCGCCAAGAACUACCAGAGGGUGCUCACCGCCUGCGCCCUGGUGGGGCCCCCAUGCGCCGUUGGCGACCCACUCCCGGCGUGCCCCGCCUUUGAAUUGUAUUUGAAACGGCUGCAGCAGAGGCAGGCAACAAACCAGGACGCCCCGACUGGCACGAUCUGGGACCUUCAAGCCCCUAGCGACCAGAGCCCUGCCCCCCUUUGCAAGGGCCCAAGCGACCCCCAGACCCAGGAAUCCUCGGGCGCACCGCUCGUUGAACCUUCGCUGCCCACUCCACGCUUUGUGCGUCGGGAGUGUGCGACCAGCACCUUGACCAAGACCACCAUCGCACACCCCGUCCUGCUCCACUUGGAGCGCUUUCAUGCUGGGCGGCGUUUCACGUCCCAGCCGCUGGGAUCUUCACUGCACACGUCGCCUCCUGCGCAAAAGCCUGAGGACAACGGUCUGCUCAGCGUCUACACGGAUGAGGAGGGCCGCAUCUUUGUCUGGAAUAAUUUGGAUGUCACCGACCUCCAUCUUUUGCACGUGCAACCCUGGUCCUUGGCCGCGGCCAUGGUACUCAUUCAGACCAUUCCAUGGCCCUUGGUCCACGAGCAAAGCGCUCUCGUCUUUGAUGGUCACGAGCAGGCCGACGGAGAAACCCUCGACACUGCCUUGGAUGCUGAUGGGGUAAAACAGGGUAUAGAUCAGGUGGACGACGAUGUGCUCUAUUGGCGAGCUUGGUGUCGAGAACAGCGCGAGGUCCAUCGUUUGCUGCAUGAGCGCCUCAACGAGGCUUUUGACGACUUGCGCCCGGAAGUAUUCCUGGAAGAAAACACCCUGGAUGGCGAUCGCCCGACCUCGCGCGCUUCGGUGGCUUCUUCUGGAGGCCAACAAGCGUUUUGGGGCCCACCACGCGGCGAAGCGCCCCAGCCAGCAUUCUCGUGGAUGCGACAGCACGUUUUGUGGCAGCGCCUGGCGUGCAACGAAGCAGAGUCGCUCGCCACAGCCUCACGCAUGGGCCUCGACAGUCAGGACGGCUUCGCGCUGGCUUCCGUUGUCGGUCUAGCACCAUCCAGCACCACCGUUGCCUCUGCCGCCGAGCCCCUGACGGACACGGUCACAUCGGCUCUGCUGCGAUCGCGCCAGACUGGGGCAGAUUCAGAGCGCGGGCGCAGUCGCUCACGGGCCCCCUCCUCUUCAUCCGCGCGGGCACAGCAAGCCUUCCAGCACAUACGCGCGGUAAUCGAAGAGAGCCAGGCGCAGUUACGAUCAUCGUCCUCACCUGGAGGCUUGUCGGAUGCCUCCACACCCCUGGCGAACGGGACUCCGAGUACAGAGUGGGUACGCCGAGGGCGCCCGACCUUUUCUGGGCGAGGACCACCUGGAUUGUCCACAGCAGGUGGACUCAUGGAUAUUAUCAUGAACCGGCAAUAUCGCACAAAGCACCGUUCUCCGUCAGAGCCUCGGCUAGACCGACGUGAUUCCAGUUCCUCGCUCCGGGAGGAGCCCUGGGACGAAUCAGACGGUGCAAAAUCCCCGCGCCCGCGAAGUGCUCCGGCACCCAAGCGAAUCAAGCCCACAGCGACGGCUGACACCCGGAUUCUUCCGCGCACUCGCUCAGCAUCCACUCUGCGUACCCACACCAGCGUCGGCUUGGACGCGAGUCGCGGUGGAAGUCAUGAUCCAGAUCAUCCGGCAUGGAAGGACACAAAGGCUGCUUUGAUUCGCCGACUUCGCGUGGCGUUUGAACACGUGCCAGUCGAGGCCUAUGCGGGGUUGAGGGACACAUUUUACGACGUGAGUGUGCAGCUUGUCCCCCAGCUGUUCUCGGUUUAUCUCUUGCGAAAGGAAGUCAAGGCACGAGUAGUCGAGUUGAAUGCUAUGCCCAGUACAGGUGAGCUGGAUGAACUGAUCGCCCGAAAACGGGCUCAGCUCAAGGUUUGGCUAUGA